GUUUGAUAAAAGGACGUACUAAUAUUUGGGGGACUUCUGUAUCUCCAAACUCAUCCCACCCUCCGAAAAAGGAAAGAACCCAUCAUUCCAACUCCAAACCAUCACCAGAACAAUACGACACCCAACCUUGCAAACUUUACCCAAGAUCCCAAAAGGCAGCCUACAAGGGAUGUCCAUGUCAUCUCUAUUCUCAAGCCGCUUCCCCGCUUUCCUCAGACCUCCCGAUGGACCGAAUCAUCUCAGCUUUUUUCCCAUCGACCCUUUCGAUCCUCCUCCGGGCAGUAUGAGCCAAGGAGCUCCCACUAGCACCAGCACCGCCCCAACAUCCUCUUCCAUCACCAGCAACCUCAUCUCCUCCGCAACAGCAACAGAAUCAGCCCGAUCCGAUGAUCCGGAAUCUGACCCUUACCACCCCAAACUCCCCAUUCUCGAGCCCCCGCUCACCGACCCCUGGAAAGACAUCUCGCUCCCUCCCUCGCUGGCCCCGGAGGACAUCUUGACGAGAAUGUAUGGUGCCUUGGGCGCGGAGUGGUUACCGCAGCAGCAUCCGCUAGCGCAGACGCAGACGCAAACGCACACGCAAACGCAGUACCUCACGCGGGAGGUGCAGAUCCGGAGUCAACAGCAUCAGCCGCAUCAGCAGCAGCAGUACUGGUAUGAGCCGCCGCGCGUGCAUUCGUUGGUGCAGUUAUGGCCUCCGGGGGGCUUGGAUCAACCGCAGCAGCAGCAGCAGCACUAUUACCAACAGCAGCACGAGCAGCAGCCGCAGCCGCAGCGGGAGGUAGAUCGUCACGGUCACGGUCACGGCCACGGCCACAGCCACGGGCACCAUCACUACCAUCAUCGUCAUCAUCAUCACCAGCAUGAGCAUGAGCGUGAGCGUGCACUACAUACGCCUUACGAUUAUCUGCAGGCUGUUGGGUUUGGGUUUGAGACUGGGCAUGGGUCUGGGUCGGCGGUUGGGUCUGCCGCGGGAACGAGGCCGGGGUCGGCGGCGGCGGCGGCGGCGGCGGGGGGUGGUGGUGGUGGUGGUGGUGGGGAUUCUGGGCGUGGGGGACGGUAUUGUCUUCGGUGUUGUGGGAUGGUUUGA